GCGGCCGCCUCGGCGGGGGGCGGGGGGCUGCCGGCAGCGCCCUCCCCGCCGGCCCGGGGGGGCGCGGCUGCGGCGGGAGGCGGCGGCGGCGGCGCGGAGCGGCGCGGAGCGGUGCGGGGCCGGGCCGCAGAUGAAAGAUGGAAGCGUUGGCCAUGCUUCGCAGCAAACCUCACGUAACCUGCGAGGGGAACCGAAGCAGAAAGCAAAGCUGAGACUAAGCAGCGUCUGACCUUGUCACUGGGGGGCAGAAAACAGCCACUGGCUGCCGCUGGUUGUACUGGUGCUUCAAUCAAGCUCCCUGAGCAAUGUGGAAUUGCAGAUAGCUCAGAAAGUGCAAGUUCUUUCCAGGUCCGUGGGGUGAAUAAAAAUUAUUAACUCUUGGCUUGAUUUGUCAUCCUUUGGGGGAAAAAAAAAUGUAAUGUCAGACUGGCAAUGAAAUAGUCGUGCCGUGAGACUGAGCACAACUUGAAGUGGGUUGUCCUGGAGGUGAGAGCGACUCCAGCCAGCGAAGCCAAGGAGAAGCCUGUUGAACUUCACAUCUACCCGGGAUUCCUUGGAGAGGUGAUAGAGUGAGUAAUAAGACAAAGUGGGAGUUAUAAAGCGGAUGCGAUAGCUUCAGCAGAACUUCUCUUCACUGCCACAUCCACUUGUUAAAAAGCAUCUAAUAUUAUUUUGAAAACAAUUUGAGGAAAAAAAAUGCACUUUGAGCAUCUCUAUAGUUCCUGUCUGAUGCAUUAAUCAAGAAAAAUCAGUAAUAUAAUACAAACGGAGGAGAGGAGUGAAUAUGGCGAAGGCAGCUAAGGAAAUUCAAAUGGAGAACCCAAGAGAGGUAGAGACUCACAGCACAGGGGCGACGUGCUCCCCGUCGGAGGAACAGGCAGAAAAACCCUCCAUGCUCUGUUUUAAGAAGCGGAAGAAGUCCUGUAAGAAGGGACUGACUGUGAAGGGUGUGUGUGAAGGAGACUUGGAGGAGAAAAGCCAAUGUGUCAGCGCCGACCAUGAGGAGGCAAAAGUUUCUAAUCAAUCGCGAUCCUCCAGAGGAGCCUGGGCAGCCAUCAAAAACCUCGCAAGACCUCGGAGAAGGCAAAAAUCCUCCUCACGGAAGAAGGCGCCCUCUGAUUCCCAAGUGCAGCUGGAGACGGAUGCUGAGGAGAGCUGCACGCAAAGUUUCCCGAAGAAACGGGGGAGCUCCGGGGUGAAGAUGCCCUGUGUACGGUUCUCCAGAGGCAAGAAAAAACCCAGCCCCUCUGAAGCAGUGGAGGAGUCGGAGGGCAGCGUUCAAGCAAACGAAGUGAUGGGUGCUUUGAAUAAAGCUAGUGAGGAGCCGGAGGAUUUGGCCCCGAAGGACAAGUCUGAAUCCUUCAGCCCGGUCUCUGCAGAGGAGGACCAGGAUACAGCGAUGGAAAGCGCCGACUCUGUUGGGAAGAGCGAGCCCUUGCCAGAGCCCACACCUGACACAGAUGAACAUAGGGAGUGCACCGCCCAGUCGGAGAUAACCGAUUCGGAGACAGUUAAUGAAACAGCCCAGGAAAAACCGCAGGAGGGGAGCCUACCCCAAACCACAGUCCAUGCGGAAGGUGGGGAAGUUGCUCCCGAAGCGCCCGUUUCCAGGGAUCAACCCGACAGCGCCCCUGAGACUACUGAGCUGCAGGAAAUCCCUAAUAUCUGCAAAGAGCUGCCUGAAGGGGAUGAAUCAGAAAAGAGCAUAAAUCCUCCUGAGGAGCGCAAAGCCGAAGAGACUGUAAUGGAUUUCAGUCAGUCGGCGUUUAAAGAUGAUGCCGCGAGCGUGCAGGGCUGCUCCAGCCAUCAGGUGACAUUAGAAGCAAACACGGGCGCCGGCGUCAGCAUUGUCAUCACCGUCACCGAAGCUGAGGACUCUGACAACACCGACUCUGACCAGGCCUACGAGCCGUCCCCGGUUUUGCACCGAAAUAAGCAGAAAGGGAAUAAAAAGUCAAGUGGGAGCUUUGAUUUUGGUAAAAAAGAGGGCCCCGAGGCUGGUGGUGGUCCCCAGGUGGAGGAAAAAGGUCCAGGUGACCAGGGGCACAGAACUGGGGAGCAGUACGAAUUGCUCCUCAUAGAAACCGCAUCUUCCCUCGUGAAGGCAGCCAUUCAGUCGUCCAUAGAGCAGCUGGUCAAUGAAAUGGCUCUGGAACAGAAUAAACACAACAAUUUUCUGUGAUGGCAGCAGUGCCCCCAAAAUAAAGAGUACAGGGAGUGAUUUGGCCUGGGGGAGGGAAGCUCGAAGGGCUCCCAGGGCCGAGGUGUAGUUAAUUCUGCAUGCCUGUUCAGUUGUGUGUCUAUGUGAAAUGGAUCCUGGGACGUGGGGCAGACCCUACUACGUACAGCGUGUCCCCUGGGGCUGGGGCUUCAGGCAGUGCCACCGACCACAGCUGCAGAAAAAUGAAGGUGCUGCCGUGACUGUGUUUUCAUUUAUUGGCAUCUUUAUGUCAAGGCCACGUUUCUGCCAUCAUCCAUGCCAGGUUUCCCUGCUGUUCACGCUGUAGAUCUGUGUGUACCAUGCGUUUAGCUAAAGCUGCCGAGAGGCAACGAGUGCCCGAUCCACUGCUGGGCUGGAUUCGGGAUGCGUUGGACAUGGCUGGAGGUUUGCCCUGGGGUUUGGCGGAGUCGAGGGAGGGUGAAGUGACUGCUAUGUUAACACGAAGACGUCAACGCCAGACAGGCUUAGGCCGGUGUUUGGUAUUGCAAACGGGUACAGAUGCCAUCAGCCGUGGUCACCCCUGCUGUCACGUCGCAUGAAGCUGGAUGGUUGCAGCGAGUGGGGUUUUUCAUUCGCCCUCUUCCCCUGUCACGAGCAGCCUGUGCAUUUCCAGACAUGUUAAAGCACGGCAUCAGCCGCUCGCCUUGCUGACCCCAGGCUGCGCGAAUGCCAAGAAAACGACAUAGCUUCAUUUGCCGGGGGCCCGUUCUCGCACCAUUAAGCUCAACGGGAAAAAUUCCCAGCAGCACCGGCGGCGCGGGCUGGGCAGGAGCGUGCCCGCUGCGGGGAGCCCCUCUCCUUCCUUCACCUUGCUUCGCCCCAGUCACCACGUCACGGUGAAGCUGUCCUCGGAUGUAGCAUAUUUUUGAUAGAUGGCAUGUGAUAUAAAUAGCAGUGAGCUGCAUGCGUGUUAGCAGUCAACUAUUGCCUCGGUGUUGACAUAGUCCGGGGAGACGCGACGUGCUGCCGGCGCUGGAAUCUCUUGAAGUGGGGAGGAGGUUUGGUUUGGGCGCUGCCGGCAUCCCCGGGUGGCGGCGGCAGCCUGUCCCGCACCGCUCCCCCCUCGCUGCAAAGCCUGCCUGGCUCCAGCGAGCCCGACCGUCCCCUGGGAAAUGCGCAUUACGCCCGACUCUCGCUGCUGCCGGGCUCUGGCUGGCUCCGGCACGCCACGUAGCUUGCUCUGAAACACGCAGGGAAAUGCCGGAGCGAUCUUACCAAAGUCCUCAGGGAAAAAAAAAAAUCUAGCCGUGAGGACCUGGGGACACGGCUAUAAAAUGCCCAGACAGGCCGAUUGCCGUCAAAGCCCACAAACUGCCCUGCUCCGAGGGGGUUUGCGCCAGCGUAGCGUGUGUGCGCGAGCAUCGCCUCUUGCCUGCCAGCUCUCCAAGAGAAAGGGGCCUUUUAAUAAUUUGGGAUUGCAUCUGGGCGGCUGGGAUUUACGCACAGCUGCGGGCAAGGCAGCCUGUUCUGCUGAGAAAAUUCUCUUGCGUAUUUCUCAGCCGAUACAGAAAUAGCAGCCUCGCUUGGCGAUUGCUCACUGCCCAUGGGCGGUACGCUGAGAUUUCCCUUCCCAGCGUAGGGCUUGGGUUCCUGUUAAAAUACAAGGGCUGUAAACUUUCCUAGUACCUGGUGCGCAACCACAUUUUAAACUUUGAUAGGGCAUCUCCUCUGUCAUGGGAGGACUGUGAGCAGUGAGCGCCGCAGCUUGUUUCUGUGCAAGUAAAACUUAGGAAAAAUCAGAGGAUGUUAAAGAGAGAAGUGUCUUCUUUUUCUGUGAAUUUAUUUAGUAAGUUAUCAGAUAGUGAUAAUUCCGUGUGUGCAAUUUUAAUGGCUUUGUACUUCAUACUGGUCCUUCCAGGUAUUUUGCCAUAGUUUUGAAAGGGACCUUUUAAGGACUUUUAUACGUACCUUUGGAGCUGCUGCGGGGCCCUGAGGAGAGCCGCACUGAUGCUGGAGGUUGCUCGUGGGAUUGCACUGGGCUCCGCGGCCGGUCGGUGCUGAGCAAAGGGCGGCAGCAUCUCUGUGGGGCCCCGCUGGUGUCGGCUGUGGAGGAGGAUGGCUGGGCUCAAGUAAAGAAACACUAAAAGAGCCCGCAGGGCCAGGCUGUCAUCUCCUGUCGGCCCGCUAAGCAGUUUCAGGAGAAUUUCAGGUAUUUCAGUAUUGCCUUUUGGGCGAAACACAUCUUCAAAAGAGGAGGAGAAUGGCAGAAAUGCUCUGGUCCAGCCUGGCCCCCUGAGACUGUUUCGCCGCGUCCAGGGUUUGCAUCCUUUCUUUAGAUGGUUUUUCCCUUGGUUAUAGCUGUACGUAUAACUGAUGAUUAUUUCAUUAAAGUUGAAUGUACCUGUUGUUUUCUUGCCUCGUGGUUGAGUGGGCAGCUAUGGAGAGAUUUUAUACCUGAACAGUGGUGCUCCGUUGGGUCCAGCUUUCGCAGGCAGCUGUACGGCAAGCAGAGAAAGAAAUCUUAAAGUUGGUAGCAGACCUGAAAUCUUUGGAGGCCUGCUCCUCCUGGGCUCUUUUUGCAAGGUUUCCGUUCUCUUGCUGGCCAGUCAUUUCCAUUCGCAGAGUCCUGGCUGCCCAGGGACUCCCGUAAGGUAUUUGUGAAGGAUCACAAAUCUCCAGUGGCUAAGAAAAGCCAUCCUGCUGCCUGACAGUUCAGUUCCCUGUGGGAUGCCCUGUAGCGCCAGAAGAAAAUGUUUGAGGGUCUGCAGACGGACUGGGGUCAAACCCCGCGGUGCGUGGAGUGGCACGGCUCUGGCCAAUCCCAGGCGGGUGAUUUCGUUUUUCCCUGGGAGCUGCUGGUUGAUGGUUUCCGCUCCCAGGGCUCCGGGUGGCUAUUUUGAGGCACAGUUUGGUGCUGGCGGGGUCCGCGGCAGGGCCAGCACCUCAGGAGGGGGACCUGCAAGUUUGGUGCUUCGGCACUUUCUGUUAUGGCUGAAAUGGGCCCCAGACCCUAAUUUAUUAAUUUUUUCUUUGCAUAACAUCUUUCAUGUAAUUUCUUGAGACACUUCAUACCAUAAAGAAGAUACAGAAAAAUGUUAUACAUUUUUAAUGGUAUUAAUACUAUUUAUUCUUUCAGGUUUACAGAACUUGCAACAAUUGCUAAUGACUUAAUUAAGACUCUCUACUCCUUCAUUAUGAUUAGAGAGUUGAACAUUAAUAAACAUUUAUUCUUUUGGAGAAGGAAUGAUAAAUUUACUAUUGCGAAGGUGUACCGGGCCAGGGAAGCUCUGAGGACGCGACUGCCUGGUUGUGCCAGCGCACCAAAGGGUGGCCUGGCUUUAGGACAGCUGAAAUAAACUGGGGUAAUACAUCACCUUGGGUGCUUGUAGCCCCAUUCAGAUUGCUUUUGGGCCAUCUGGCUCCUUGUCCAGGAGUCCGUUGCUUGCUGCCCCUCUGAAUUACGGAAGUGGUUGCUUUGUAGCAGCAUCUUCAUGAAUUAUUUGGUUCUCCUGCUCACCCCAUGGCCUGUGCUGCUGUGUUUCUCCCAGAUGUUUCCAGUGCUCUCCUCACCAGGGACAAUUUGGCUUUAUAUUCAACAAGUCCCCUAUCCCUGCUUUGCUGUGCCAUUUUGAAUAUUUUCAUUUCCCUCAGCUUUUUUUAUAUUAUCUGCUGAGGGAUAUAAGCUGAGGGAUUUGGGUCUCGUCAGUCUGGAAAAAAGACGGCUGAGGGGGGACCUUAUCAACACUUAUAAAUACUUAAAGGGUGGUGUCAGGAGGAUGGGGCCAGGCUCUUUUCAGUGGUGCCCGGGGACAGGACAAGAGGUAACGGGCACAAACUUGAGCAUAGGAAGUUCCACCUAAACAUGAGGAGGAACUUCUUUACCCUGAGGGUGGCAGAGCACUGGCACAGGCUGCCCAGAGAGGUGGUGGAGUCUCCGUCCCUGGAGACAUUCAAAACCCACCUGGACGUGUUCCUGUGCAACCUGCUCUAGGUGACCCUGCUCUGGCAGGGGGUUGGACUAGAUGAUCUCCAGAGGUCCCUUCCAAUUCUAUGAUUCUAUGAUCAGCAAAGAAAAGAGUGUUUAAAUAGUAUAACUUACACCCAGGAAGGCUUCCAGGAGGAUAAAAAACUUUUCUGUUAGGUCAACGCUGAGCCCAGCAGAAAACAAGUGUAUCCGCUGAAAAGUUCCUUGUGGAAAUUGCUGGUAGACAAUGAUGGCACGAACAAUUAUUGCAUUUUCUUUCCUGCCCUGGUACACCAAAAGCGCACUGGAAAUGCACAGGCUGCUGAGGGCCAGAUCUCCAUUCGCUGAAGGUCUCUGCAGCUCCAUACGCUUCAAAGGACCAAAUCUACAGCAGCCAGGAAUCUAGUAUUUGAAUUGAAGAUGAUGACCCUGCAUAAAUGAUGGGCAUUUUCGUAUGCGUGCUUCUGUAUAAAAAUGAAAAUCCAAGAGCUGUUUUCACAAAUGCAUGUAAGAAAUUGAGUAAACUCAUGAAAAACAUGUGAAUCCUGGUCUGUGCUUGGGAUGGAUGGAUGGAUGGAUGGAUGGAUGGAUGGGAGCCAGAUCCUGCUGAUGGACCCACCUGUUAGGGGCAGCAAAGCUCUAAUAUUGCCUGUCUUACAGAUACAGGGUUUCAACAUGAGUAACUCGGAACGAUUACAUGCUCCAAGAGAACAGAUUGAUUUAAAUAAUUUGCUUUAAUAUUAUUUUACGUCUGCAGUUGUAUUCCCAGAGAAAUGGUUCCUGUUAGCUCUUGCUGGGUGGUAUUAAAAAAAUU